UUAAAUCACCUUAGUUUACUUCUUGGUUCUCUUGGGGAACCCAACCGCUUAUAUAUGCCCCUAUCAUUGUUUUUGUAUAAAAAGUUAUAACUAUGGUCCUUACUUGUCAACCCACUGAGGAACAGCUGAGAAUUGCUGACACUGUCAAAAUUGUAAAAUGUAAUUUAUCCACCGCCGAAAUUCAAAAAAAAGUUAAAAUUGUUAAAGAUGCUUCUUUGUCAAAUUUAAGCGAUGAUCAAAUUAUGUUUAUUCUAACUGACAACGGUUUUGAUGUGGAUAAAACUUGCAACGCUAUUCUUGACGGCUCUCAGGGAGAUUUUAAGCAGGUGGGCAAAAAAAAAAAUAAAGAAAGCAAAGGACCCGAGCUUAAAAAUAAAAAUUUUAAAUCUGAGCGGCAAGUCAGAGCCAAUAACUCUGGUUUUACAGUCAGAGAAAGGGGGAAAAGGCUAUCUCCCUUACAGAAAAGUACCCAAAAAGGCACUAGUGAAAGGCCUAAAGGUGCUUUAAAAAAGAGCGGUGUCUCCUAUUUGCCCACUGCGCCCGUUUAUGAGACCUGUAGUAAGUCUGUUCGCCAUAAUAGUACGAGCCAACCUUCUUAUAGAAGUUUAAUACAACGCAACUCUUCCCAACGCUCCUCCUCUGGGCAACUCCUGCCGCCCAAUACCCCAAACUGCAACUUAGAAAUGACUGCACAGACCGCCCCUUUCGUUGCAGGUACACCGGCUCAAACAUGGGCCAACUUCAGUAGGGCUCACAAAAGCGUGGAGACUCAGGCUAAUUGCCAGAUCUCUGAAGAACAACUUGUUCAGUCCAUAACCGACCAGCUUAGCAUAUCGGAGGAAGGAAACCAAGUGGAAUGUAGCAAAGCCAAUGACGAGUCGCCUCCCUCUUCGCAUUUGGUUGGCACUUCGGAGCAAGAAUUUCAGUCACCUGUCCCUCCAGGCAAGGAAGCAUUGAAUAUGGAACAGAGCAACUCGCUUUCGCGAGAUGAAAAUAAUUAUGAUUCUCCUUGCAGAGAAAUUACAAAAACUAUUGAUAACAAAACAGCUACGUUGGUCGGAGACGAUGAGUCUGUGACUUCCUCGGAUUCUUCGUUAUUUGACCGGCCGUUAGGAGUGGCGAAGGAUCGGAAGUCACAGGACGAUGAACGGCCUUACUUUGCGCAGCCCGUAAUUAUGCCUACUUCUCACUCAACUGGGCUUGGUACUUUAAAUUUGCAGUUUGGGCUGGACACAAACUGGAAAAACGCCACCAAAGAAGAGGCACUCUUUGCUACUGGUUCAGAAAUUUCUUACUCGGCAGCAGCUCCUUUAACCCCCGCUCCUUCUACCCUAGCAAGAGAUCCCCUCCCAACUCGUCACCACCCGAUCCCCUCCUACCAGACGUCCAACGGCGCGCUUCAAGACAGGUGCCUGCCACCACACCUUCUGGUGCCACCGCCCUUCUCUUCUACACCACCUAACGUGUAUCAGCAGUUUGGUGCAUAUCUGCCUAUUCAAGGCACGCAUAUUCCGGCGUAUGUAAGCUCCGAUCAUAUCACCUCUUCUCAAGAACAGCAGCAAAGUCAGCAACCCGCUCAGCCGCUGACAUCUAUCCAGCAGAGACGACUUAAAAGCCACCUUAGUUCGCAGCCCCCAGAACUAUCGCAUAUCCAUAGCCCCCUCGCCCCUUCCACUCAAAACACCCAAAACCCCUGCUUUAAUCACCCUCAGCACCCCUCCUGCGGGAACUAUGAUGUUGGCUACUAUUACCCUUCAUUUUCUCCGCCAUAUCCGGUACCAGCUAUGUAUGUUGAUGAUAGGAGCCCAUACUAUGAGUGCCCCUUUCCCUCAAGAGAUAAUGGCGAUGUCUCGUGCUCGGACGUCCCCGCUUUACAUUCCCUUUAUAUGCGGCCUUUAAGUUCACUGAGCUCUUUGGCAACUCCUGCACCAUCCGAACCCACUUCACUUGGACAGAAGCAAGAGCCCUCCUCUCAACACCCUCACCGGAAUGGCCGGCACGCUCCUCAGCGUCAAUUUCGACCGCAACUUCCUUCAGCUUACCAACAAGCCCCCCAUUUUCAGUCUUUUUAUCCAACGACGUCCGCUUUUUCAUACGCUUCGGUGCAUCCUCAAUACCACGCUCCUAGAAUAGGCGUCCAGUAUUCUAAGCAACAGCAUUAUUACGAUCCCAUUUCCAUGCAUUCCGCUUAUAGUUUUGCUUCACAGCACCUAGUGCAGGGUUUGAUGCAUUCCACUGCGGGCGAUGACGAGCUGGGUUGCUGUAGUCAGCAAUGUCAACCGCGGCAGAUACCGCGUUCUACGAUGUCUGGUGGACUAGCCCAUGGCACCCCUUUAGGGAAUACUGGGCCAUCCAAUCGCAAUGCUACUAAUUCUAAUUUGUCGCUUGUUGAAAUGAGUAGUAGCACCCGUCAGCUUAACGAUCACACCACUAGUAGAACUUUAACGUCUACUAGUGAGAACACCAGCGACUUCAAUGUAACUAUAUUGGAUAAUAACAAGGACCCGCGAAGCUUUAUUGGCAAGAAUGAGCAGGUUGAAGGCCACGAUUUAACUAAGGAAGUGCCUGCUUAUAGCGAAAGAGCACCCGCAGAGUAUAUAUGUCAUGAUAGUGAUGGUAAACUUAAGAAUAAUAAUGUUGACUGUGAAAUUGAUAAUUGUAACGACAUAAAUAAUAAUGACCUCGAAACCUGUAAUGGUAGCUACCGAAAUCGAUUUCAACCUCAUUUAAAAUCGGGUGUUCGUUAUAUACCCUCUCAUCAUUCGAGUGGUUUUAACAGGUUGGGUCACAGUUACGGGCACACUUAUACUGGAUACAGUGAGCGUGAUUCUUCUUUGCAGCAAAACUGGCAUAAAAACAACGUUUAA